AUGGCGUUCCCGCUAUUCCGCACCGUUCCGAAGCCGAAACCAACCGAUGUCAACGCGAAUGAGGAUGCAUUCUUUCCAGAAUUGUCAUCGCAUUUUUCGUCGGAUCGUAUUCGUCUGCUCUAUCGCCUUCAAAUGAGUGAGUCAUGCGUUGAUGAAGCGACCCCAGUCGUCGUCGAUCCUCCAAUCAGUUUGCACACGACUGCCGACGGAGAGCGCCCGUCUUCGGAAAACUCUCUCAGGAAGGCUUCCGACGACGAGAGCUUCGAUAAGCUGAACUCAGCGCGAUCGAGCUCAUCGACGAACUUCGAAAAAGUUGGAAGCGAGCAGAUCACAACAUCUGCUUCUUCCGCUUCCUCGUUCGAGAAAAUGGGCAAAAAAUUGAGCGCGUCUGCCAAAUCGAUUGAUAAGCUCGAGACGGUGGCGAAAACCGAAGAGAAGCCCAUUGAGGCUCCCGAGCAAACCGAUAAAAUGCCAGAUCCGCCGGUGAGAUUUCGCCGAAUGUCGUCGAUUUCUGUUCGAAAAUCGAUGACACUUCCAGUGCCUCCGAGACGUGAAUCGAAGCUCUCAUUCCCUCGUCUUAAGCCGGUCAAAGAGGAAGUACGCAAAGGAAAAAUUAAAAGCAUGUUUAGCUGGCUUGGUGGUGAUUCUUCGAAGAAGAAGAACAAGGAGGUCCUUGAAAGCGUCAGCGAUGGCCUCCGCAAGAUCUACAAGCAGAAGCUUUACCCACUCGAAGAGUACCACAAAUUUCAUGACUUCCAUAGUCCGGCACUCGACGAUCCAGACUUUGAUGCGAAACCGAUGAUUCUUCUCGUCGGACAGUAUUCGACGGGAAAAACGACGUUCAUUCGAUACCUUUUAGAAUCGGACUUCCCCGGAAUCCGAAUUGGUCCUGAGCCGACGACCGAUCGCUUCAUCGCGGUUAUGCAUGGCGAAGAGGAAGGAAUCGUACCAGGAAAUGCGCUCGUCGUUGAUGCGAAAAAACAGUUUCGCGCGCUUUCCGGAUUCGGAAAUGCGUUUUUGAAUCGUUUCCAAUGUUCAACACUCAACAAUCAGGUGCUCGAGAGUGUCACCAUUGUUGAUACACCUGGAAUUUUGUCGGGAGAAAAGCAAAGAAUUGAUCGUGGCUACGACUUCACUGGCGUUUUAGAGUGGUUCGCUGAACGCGUCGAUCGCAUCAUUUUGUUGUUCGAUGCUCACAAACUCGAUAUCUCUGAUGAGUUCAAGAGAUGCAUUGAAGCCCUGUCCGGAAAUGAGGAUAAGAUUCGAAUUGUUCUCAACAAAUCCGACAUGGUCGAUCAUCAGCAACUCAUGCGUGUCUACGGUGCUCUGAUGUGGUCGCUUGGAAAGGUUUUCAAGACUCCGGAAGUGUCGCGAGUCUAUCUAGGAUCGUUCUGGGAUCACCCGUUGCACUAUGACAUCAACAGACGCUUGUUCCAAGACGAGCAGCACGAUCUGUUCCAGGAUCUUCAGGCUCUUCCGCGUAACGCCGCUCUUCGCAAACUCAAUGAUUUGAUCAAGCGCGCGCGACUCGCGAAAGUUCACGCCUACAUCAUGGCGGAACUUCGCAAGCAGAUGCCGGCGAUGAUUGGAAAAGACAAGAAGAAGAAGGAGCUGAUUCAGAAUCUUGACAAAAUUUAUGAGCAACUUCAACGCGAGCACAACAUCUCGCCGGGUGAUUUCCCCGACGUCAACAAGAUGCGCGAGAAGCUCCAGAAUCAGGACUUCACCAAGUUCAAUCCGAUCAAACCGAAGCUUUUGGAGGUUGUCGAUGGAAUGCUCGCCACUGAUAUCGCUAGGUUGAUGGCUCAGAUUCCGAAGGAGGAGGCUGCUGCUGCUCCAAGCAACGGAGCCAACGGACACGAUCCGACGGUCCGCGGUGGAGCGUUCAGUCAGACGACUGAAGCCGAGACGCCAUUCGGUUUUGGAAGGGGCGAAGGAUUCGAUAAGGGAGCUGACGAGAGCGAAUGGAUUGUUAAUCGCGAGCGAACUAGCGCCGACGCGACAUUCGCCAGUCUCGGUCCGGUCAAUGGUUUUCUUAGCGGGCGUGCCGCCAAAGAACAUAUGGUCAAAUCGAAAUUGCCAAAUUCGGUUCUUGGCAAAAUUUGGAAAUUGGCUGACAUUGAUAAAGAUGGACAACUUGAUGAGGAUGAGUUCGCACUUGCCAAUUAUUUGAUCAAUUUGAAGCUUGAAGGACAUGAGCUUCCACUCGAGCUCCCGAAGCACUUGAUUCCUCCAUCGAAGCGCGAGAAGCAGGAUGCGGUAUACCCGACGUUGGGAGACGACGAAUAG